UGUAGACAUGGAAAACAAAGUCGGCCCAAUGAAGAACAAGAAAAAAAUAUGGGAAGGAAAAACGAAAAGAAAUGAACAAACCAGGAAAAAAGGAAGAAUGGGGAACAGCCAGUCACCUCCACCAAAUCCUCGUUUCAAUUCUGCUUCAAGAUGUCUUAGAGCUUUUACACCAAAGGAAUUAGAGGAUCUCAAAUCGCUCUUCAAUUCCCUGGCUGCACAGUCACAGACCAACGGUCAAUAUGUUUCCUCAUCUGUCUUUCAGGUUUACUUUGGGUUGAAAGGUCCUCUCGGGGAGAGAAUGUUCGAUUUGGCCACGCAGGGCCGCAAAGACGAUAAGCUUACCUUUGAAGACCUGGUGAUCACUAAAGGUACUUAUGUGAAAGGAACAAAUGAUGAGAUUGAGGAGUUUAUUUACCGAUUGUUGGAUGUCACAGAUGAUGAAAUUUUGACAAGGUCUGACUUAGACUCUGUUCUAGUCAACAUGUUUAAUCAUAUAUUCCAACUGAAAGGUUCUCAACCAGAAUCAAGUUCACAUUGCUACAUGGUGGAGACUUUUCUUAAUGCUGCAACAUUCUCAAAGGAUCAUGAGGGACGUGAUAAAAGUAUGUCUUUUGAGGAUUUCAAAAGUUGGUGUACUCUUGUACCAUCUGUGAAGAAGUUCCUUUCAAACUUAUUAGUGCCACCAGAUCCAGGGAGACCGGGAUCUAAGGUUCCUAAAUUGCAGUAUUCGGAGAACAUUGAUUCCAGUAUAUUAUUAUUGAGAGAUGAAUAUGCUUGGCAUAUGGGGGGGGCUCUAUCUCAUGAAGAGCUAGAGGAAUGGAAACUGUUGUAUCAUAGUUCAUUAAAUGGCUUAAGUUUUAACACAUUCCUGGGCAACAUAUCAAACGGUGAUGAACCAACUGUCUUGAUUAUCAAGGAUAGAGAAGGUUACAUAUUUGGAGGUUUUGCUUCUCAACCUUGGGAGAGGCAUGGUGAUUUCUAUGGGGACGUGAAGACUUUUCUCUUUCAGCUCUACCCAAAGGCAUCUAUUUUCAGGCCAACUGGAGCAAACAGUAAUUUGCAAUGGUGUGCUGUGAACUUCAGUUCCGAGACCAUCCCUAAUGGCAUUGGUUUUGGAGGACGCAUAAAUCACUUUGGCAUGUUUCUCUCAGCAAGCUUUGAUCAAGGGCAUACCUUUUCCUGUACCACUUUUAAUAGCCCUUGCCUCUCGAAGACCGCCAAAAUCUGCCCAGAAGUUAUAGAAUGCUGGGGAGUUGUUAGAAAAGGACUGGAACAAGAAACAACAGACGUUGUUAAGGGCACAGUGUUAGAAAGGUUCAAGGAGGACAGGCAUAUGCUCAACUUGGUCGGGAUUGCAAAUGCAAGCGAGUAGCAUGCACUUUUAAAUGGUCUUUGAUAAUCAUCGCAGUUCUGUACAUUAGAAUGAUUCGAAUCUGCUUUUCUAUGGUUGUGUGUUACCAGAUGCGAUAUAUGUUGCGGUUAAUGACAAAUCAAUCGCCUCUGAAGUUUGAAAUGUUGUAAUGCUAUUGACAAAAAGAAGAUUCUAUUGUCCGGUUUUAAAAUAAACUAUAACAAGGAUUAAAUAAGGCUUCUUAUUGUGAAA